AUGGUGGAAAAUACAUUGAGUGAUUUGGAAACAAGCAAGUGUGUUGCUAUAGAGGACGAUAUACAUUUGUCUCCCCUUAAUCUUGGAAGGAUAUCAUCAUAUUAUCACAUCAGUUACACAACAAUUGAAAGGUUUUCAUCAUCUAUUACUUCAAAUACAAAAAUGAAGGGCCUUUUGGAGGUUCUAUCAUCUGCAUUAGAAUAUGCUUACCUUCCAAUACGACUUGGGGAAGAAGAGGUGGUCUGCAAGUUAAUAAAUCACCAAAGAUUUUCCUUUGUAAACCCCAAUGUUAAAGAUCCACAUGUCAAAGCCAAUGCAUUGCUUCAAGCUCAUUUUUCAAGGCAAUUUGUAGGUGGGGGCAUGGCAUUGGACCAGAGAGAGGUGUUGCUUUCUGCAAAUAAACUGCUUCAGGCAAUGGUAGAUGUCAUAUCGAGCAAUGGUUGGUUGAGUUUGGCUCUUCUUGCUAUGGAAGUUAGUCAAAUGCUGACACAAGGAAUGUGGGAACGUGAUUCUAUGCUGCUACAACUUCCUCAUUUCACAAAGGAAUUGGCUAGGAAAUGUAAGGAGAACCCGGGGACGAGUAUAGAAACUGUGUUUGAUUUAUUAGAGAUGGAAGAUAUUAAGAGGCGCGAGUUGUUAAGCAUGUCAGAUUCACAAUUUUUGGAUAUUGCUAGAUUUUGCAAUCGCUUUCCUAAUAUUGAUUUGUCGUAUGAAGUCUUACAGAAUGACAGUAUCCGGAUCGGGGAGGAUAUAACAGUACAUGUCACUUUGGAGAGGGAUCUUGAGGGUAGGACAGAAGUAGGACCUGUUCAUGCUCCUAGGUGUCCAAAAGCCAAGGAGGAAGGAUGGUGGCUUAUUGUUGGUGAUACCAAAACCAACUCGUUGCUUGCAAUCAAACGGGUUUCCUUGCAGCGGAAGUUAAAAGCCAAACUGGAGUUUGCUGCUCCUGCUGAUGCUGGAAAGAAACCAUACGUACUUUAUUUCAUGUGUGAUUCAUGCAUGGGUUGUGAUCAAGAGUAUGAUUUCACUGUUGAUGUUAAGGAAGCACAUGAUGGCAAAGAAGAUAGUGGCAGAAAAGGAAAAAGUAUUUUCUGA